AUGAACAGAAGAUUCACUACUGAGGACAAAGAGAAAGGCAUAGAAAGCUGUGACGAACCCCCAAGAGCAGCUAGAGUUAGGGUUCCUCACUUUGAAGCCUCAAAGCUCAUCCAUAAUCAUCAACUAAUGCUGGUAGACCAUGACAUAAAAAACUGCCCUGAAGGAGCUCCAACUAUCCUUCCUCAUGCGGGUGAUGUCCUCAAGAAAACACAACCAAGCCUUAGCAGAGAGCUUGCAAAGCUGAGGGAGAAUCAAAACUCAAGGAACUAUCAGAUACAGAGAACCCCAGUCCCCUCUAACCAUAUUGUCUCUUCACUACAAGGAAGAAGAGCGUUCUCAGACACCCAGCAUCAGCCAAGAGAAAACACCGGCAG